AUGGCCCAUUAUUUUGGAAUGAAACCCGUGAUCGAGAAAUGUGAAAAUGUCAUUGUUACACAGGCGAAUACAUUGGAUAGAGUGAAAUUAUUCCAAAUUACAUGUGCUGUUGCUGAAUAUGAUCGCUAUUCUCCUACCAUGACAUUACUUAUCGAUAAACUUUCCGCUAUGAAACGAGAAGAAUUAUCAACAUUGCGUUUCUCGCAGGUGCCUGGUGACAUUGUAGCUGAUGUGUUUGCCGCAAAAAUGAAACGACGCGAAAUGAAACGGAAGAAGUGGUGCUGCUUAUUAUGA